AUGCCGCCAAGACGAAAUGUACUUGCGGGACGUGACGACGCCACCACGGCAAUGGAUCGUAUGGCUUUGGCAAUGGAACAGAUGGCUGAGUUUAUGAUGGCUCAGCAGGCCCAGAAUCAAAAUCAGGGACACCCUCAGGUCGACUUUGCUAAAGCCAUAGCAAGUAGACACCCACCGAACUAUGCGGGAGAAGAUGACCCAGUGGUUUUGGAAGAAUGGAUACGGACAUUCGAUAAACUGCUUGACGCAGUAAAUUGCCCGGCGAAUCAACGAGUCUCUUCUGCGGUUUAUUACUUGACGAAGGCCGCAGAUAACUGGUGGGCAGCAGCUGGACCCGAACUCCUGCAAAACCCAGACUUUGGCUGGGAGGAAUUCAAGGAGGAAUUGAGGGGACAAUUUUACACGGAACGAAUCAAGGGAAUCAAGUGCGAAGAAUUCUUGCGACUGAAGCAGAAAGGAGAAACUGUUCAGGUCUACUAUGACCAGUAUGUGGAGCUAAUGAGGUUUGCUCAAGAUAUUGUGCCGGACGAGGCAAGCAAGGCAAGAAGAUUUGUACGAGGACUGGAAUGGGACGUGAGAAGGGCAAUCGCACCAUUCAUGUGCUCCACUCUCAAGCAGGCAUAUAAUCGGGCAUCGGAUCAGUACCAAGUGUACUUGGAUCAACAGGAAGUUUACGGCAGGUACAACAGAAAAGCUGAUGAUAAACAGAGGAGAUUCAAGGUGGAUGAUUGGAAGCCUAACCAAGGGAAAUUUCAACCAAAGCAAGGAGAGAAGAGGGGAGGAACAGACCAAGGGAAACAAUCUUCUUGCAGCAGAUGUGGAAAGAGCCAUCCUGGAGAAAAUUGUCAAGGGGUGAGGAUAACGUGCUACAAGUGUGGCCUCUUAGGACACAAAUUCUAUGAGUGCCAAACCAGGGUGGAAAACCUCCGGAACUCCUCGCAGAAUACCAGGCAAGGAGGAGGAUUCAAUGGGAACAACGGCCGGAAACCUGCGGAGUCAGGAAACAGGGGAGUUAAUUCUCCACAAGUGAACCGGGGGAGGCCAACGAAUGCGGCUACAGGUCCGAAUGAUAAAGGGAAGUCGCCAAUGGGAGAAAGCAGCACAGGGAACCAAGGACGAAUCUACGUCGUCAACAGCGCUCAGGCUCAGGCUGGCGACGUCGUAACCGGUACAUUUCUUAUAAACUCGGUGCUUGGUUCAGUAUUAUUUGAUACGGGAGCUACCAAUUCCUUUAUAUCAUCUACAUUUGCGGAUAGAUUGAAGUUAUGGCCUACUAGUAAGUUAGACUUAAAUGUGAGAACUGCCUCGGGGAUGGUGGUAGCCUAUAAGGAUGGAUAUGACAACAUUUCGAUAGAAAUUGCGGGAUUCAAUUGUCCCGGAAAUCUUAUUCGUUUUGAGCUAGAGGGCAUCGAUGUGGUACUCAGAAUGGAUUGGUUGGAUAUGUAUAAGGCUCAAAUUGUUUGUAAUGAGCGAAAGGAUGCUGAGAUGGAAGAACCUGAGAUCAAUCAAAUCCCAGUAGUGCGUGAAUUUCCCGACGUGUUUCCAGAGGAUCUCACGGAAAUGCCGCCGGAGAGGGAAGUGGAAUUCACUAUUGAUCUCAAGAAGGAUGGGAGCCUGAGACUGUGUAUCGAUUAUAGAGAACUCAAUCAUGGGAGCCUGAGACUGUGUAUCGAUUAUAGAGAACUCAAUCGGGUCACAGUGAAGAACAGGUACCCAUUGCCCAGGAUCGACGAUCUGUUCGAUCAGUUGAAGGGAGCUAGAGUAUUUUCAAAGAUUGAUUUACGGUCAGGGUAUCACCAAGUGCGAGUCGUGGAGCAGGAUAUUCCCAAAACAGCAUUCCGGACUAGAUAUGGGCACUACGAAUUUGCCGUCAUGCCGUUCGGAGUAACAAAUGCACCAGGGACUUUCAUGGACUUGAUGAACAGGAUUUUCCUUCCAUAUCUAGAUAAGUUCAUCGUUGUCUUUAUAGACGAUAUCUUGGUGUACUCAAAGACACCAGAGGAGCACGAAGAACAUCUUAGGACAGUAUUGCAAAUGCUGAGGGAAAAGAAACUUUUUGCGAAACUGUCUAAGUGCGAAUUUUGGAGGGAGGAAGUAGCAUUUCUUGGUCACAUAAUCACCAAGGAA